CUUGUUCCUUCUUUUCUUUUUUAUAGCCCAAGUCCAGCAUUCUGAACUCUGUCCUGUAAUUCCUUAACCCUCCUUUUGUAAAUACGAGGGCAGGCCAAAGCGUCGGGGAAUAGUGAGUCUAAGUUCCUGAGGCCAGCUCUGUCUUCCUACCAAGAAGAUGAAGUUCUCCAUGGCUUCGCUCUCCUUCCUCACCCUUGCUGCAGUCCUAGGAACCCAAGCCCAGGUGAUAAAUGAAACAGGAGAACCCCUGAUGGUACAGCAUCAGCCUGAACCAACAAACAAGUUUCAACAAGCCUUUCUCUACCCUUCUGAUUGCUGUUUCUCCUAUACUCCACGAAGCAUCCGGUGUGCAUUCAUGAGAGAUUGUUUCUUAACAAGCAGUGGCUGUUCCACACCAGGUGUGAUCUUCAUCACCAAGAAGUGGCAACGUGUCUGUGCCAACCCCAGAGAUCAAUCUGUUAAAAAAUGUAUGAAAAUGCUGAAAUCCUGCCUCUGAAAAGGGGCUGGGAAAUGCUACCUAACCUACUUCCACCUCUCCUGUCCUACCACCUCCUAUGAAUUUCUUGGCCUCAAUUAUAAUUUAAAAUUGUUUUACAAUUCAAAGCCA